GUAUGCCGUACACCUUUUUGUUUUUGGCCCAGGUAGGGUUAGGGUCCUGUGCUAGUGUUCUUGGCGAAGGAGAGGAGCAGUGGCGAUGCGGCUCGCCCGGAUUCGGGCACAUUCCCUGCCGUAAGAAAGCAUUUCCUUGCAGGAAUGGUCCGCGUCGCGAUGGCGGAGGAGGCGGGGCGAUUCCGGCACAGGCUGCGGCAUUCGGAUUUCUACUGGAAGAAGCGCAAGGGAAUCAGGCGUAGGGAGGGCUGGAUCGGUAGCUGGAGCUGAGAUUUGGGGAAAAUGCAGGGGUAGAGGCGAGAUUCUGGCUAUGUCGUGGUUCCUGUGGCUCCUGCUACUGGCUGCCUCUCUCAGUGCGUCCCUCGCGCAGCUAUCCGGCGACGGCAUUGCGCUCCUGGCAGUGAAGAAGGCGCUUGACCCCUCGGACGCUCUCUCUGGGUGGAACGCGGGCAGCGUUGAUCCGUGCUUGUGGGCAGGUGUUAGUUGCGCACAGGAUCGUAGAGUCACGUCUCUCAACUUGACAGGGGCCUUCUUGGGCACUUGUAGCAGCAGCCACAGCGACUCUUGGGAGAAUGUCCAAACGCAGGAGCCGGGAUCGUUGGCUUGUUUGCAAGGAGGGUCUUGCAUCCUGGAAGGAGUUUUGGCACCGGAGAUUGGCAACUUGUCCGAGUUGAGGAGUCUCGUCUUGGGGUAUAACAGGUUCAGGGGUGGAAUUCCCAGGGAGAUUUCCAAGCUGCGCAAGCUCCAGGUGCUCAGCCUCCAGGAGAAUUCCUUUUCGGGUGGGAUACCGGCAGAGCUUGGAGCUCUUUCCAGCUUAGAGGUGUUGGAUCUGGAAGGGAAUUCGCUCGACGGCCCAAUCCCGCCAGCCAUCGCAAGCUGCCGCAGCUUGGUCCAUAUCAGCCUUGGUAGAAACAAGCUCUCCGGGGGGAUUCCAGCGAGUUUGGGAGGACUGUCACGCUUGCGUCACCUUUCUUUGACGUCCAACCAGUUGAGCUCUGUCAUUCCUCCGGGGCUACAGGGUCUUUGUGGAACAUUGGAGUACUUGGACCUGGGAAGUAACUUUUUUAUUCGCGGCAUUCCACCUUGGCUGGGAAACUGCUCGAAGCUACAGGUUCUCGUCCUCGAAUCGAACUAUCUGCAAGGAUUUAUUCCUUCCGAGCUCGGCCGUCUGGGAAUGCUUCAGGUGCUCGAUGUGUCGAUGAACAGGCUAACAGGUCAGGUUCCGGCAGCUUUAGGUGACUGCUUGGAGCUGUCCUUUCUGGUUUUGACACAUCCGAGCUCGUGUGUUUCACCCUUCAACUGUACUACUGGGGAUGGUGUCCGGGGUGUUGACAAGGCAGAGUUUAAUCAGUUCGAUGGUCCGCUUCCGAGCAGCAUCUCUAAGUUGCCCAAGCUCCAAGUUCUCUGGGCACCUCAUGCAGCGUUAACAGGAGGUAUUCCCGACGGGUGGGGGGCCUGUGAGAGGCUGAGGAGCCUCAAUCUUGCCGGUAACUCGUUCACGGGUGACUUUCCUCAGGGCCUCGGAAAGUGCUCGUCACUCACGUACUUAGAUCUCAGCUUGAACAGGCUAGAGGCUCAGUUACCACCACAGCUGCCAACUUCUUGUAUGAUCGUCUUCAACGUAAGCAGGAACAGCUUGUCCGGAGGUGUUCCACCCCGAAGGAGCAUCGAGUGCAAUGACACGCAAGAGCCAGUGGUUUACCCUUCGUUUUGCUCGGGAAGACCGUUUUGCGGGAAACGGAGAAGCGAGACGUGUCUCAGCUCUGGGUUAAUCGUUGUGCAUGAUCUAAGCGGCAACAAUUUCUCGGGUCCUGUUCCAGCACCUUUAAUAGGCGACGAGCUGCUGGAACAAGAACCGGUAUACGAGCUCCUCAUGUCGGAGAAUAGGCUGGCCGGCAACAUCUCGUCCUCCUUUUUUGCCUUCUGUGGAAGGUUCAAGGCGUUCAUGGCAAACUUGAGCGACAACCAGAUUUCGGGCGAGCUGUCCGGCCAGGAUAUAGGAGGAUGCAAAUCCCUGGUACAGUUCAGUGCUUCGAACAAUCUGAUCGAGGAGGCUCUGCCCAAGGAGCUUGGGACUCUAGGCAACUUGAGCCUCUUGGAUCUUUCGCGCAAUCGGCUAAGCGGCAGCAUUCCAGGUGAACUCGGCGAGCUCCAGAUGCUGACGAGCCUUUUCCUCGCGAAUAAUUCUCUCGUGGGAGAUAUUCCGGAGAACCUGGGCCAGGCGUCCUCUCUGAGCCUGCUCGACCUCUCCGGCAACACUUUGCACGGGACCAUUCCUUCCUCCCUCGCCAACCUCAGUCACCUCGAGUACUUGCUACUGAACAACAACGACUUCUCCGGGACAAUACCCCCGGUGCUCUCCGACAUCACUUCCUUGGUGGCCGUCAACCUCGCCUUCAACAACUUCUCCGGCUCCGUUCCAAGCUCGGGAAGCUGGGUGGGGAUGUGCGACAAGGAGCACUUCCAGGGAAAUCCAUAUCUCAAGCCGUGCCCGACGUCGCUGGCUGCUUUCGGACCCGGAUACAUGGAGGAAAAUCUUGAUCCGGUCGCGGCUCCACAGGACCCUCCGGCCGGUGGCGGACUGAGCGUCGUUGUGAUUGUGGCGAUCACGUCAGGCUGCGCUGUUGCCGUGGUGCUCCUGGUUCUCGUACUCCUGGUCCAGUGCACGAAACAGCGAGUUCCCAGGCCACCUAGAAACCGGGGUGGCAGGAAAGAGGUGGUCAUUUUCACCAACAUCGGUUUCCGGUUCACGUACGAGAACGUUGUCCGAGCGACUGGGAACUUUAGCGUGGACUACCUGAUAGGAAACGGUGGCUUUGGAGCAACUUACAAGGCGGAGAUGAUGCCCGGCUUGGUGGUGGCCGUGAAGCGGCUCUCCAUUGGGAGGUUUCAAGGCGUGCAGCAGUUCGACACGGAGAUCCGGACGCUGGGGAGGAUCCAGCACUCGAACCUGGUGAAGCUCAUCGGCUACCACGCGAGCGAGGGGGAGAUGUUCCUCAUCUACAACUACUUCCCGCGGGGCAACCUGGAGAGCUUCAUCCACAACCGGAGCCGGGGGGAGAUGAGCUGGGCGGUGGUGCACAGGAUCGCGCUGGGCAUCGCGGAAGCGCUGGCCUACUUGCAUGACGAGUGCCAGCCAAGGGUGCUCCACCGGGACAUCAAGCCGAGCAACAUCCUCCUGGACAACAACUUGACGGCGUUUUUGGCCGACUUUGGGCUGGCCCGGCUGCUCGGUGCGUCCGAGACGCAUGCCACGACGGACGUGGCUGGGACCUUCGGCUACGUCGCGCCGGAGUAUGCCAUGACGUGCCGGGUGUCGGACAAGGCGGACGUUUACAGCUAUGGAGUGGUGCUGCUGGAGCUGCUAUCGGGGAAGAAGGCGCUGGAUCCGGCCUUCUCGGACUAUGGACACGGGUUUACAAUCGUCGGGUGGGCGUGCUUGCUCAUCGGACAGGGACGAGCUCACGAGGUGUUCAUCGUGGAGCUGUGGGAGAUGGGCCCCGAGGCGUUCCUCCUGGAGACGCUCAAGCUGGCGGUGAUGUGCACGGUGGAUUCGCUCACGGUCAGGCCAACCAUGCGGCAAGUGGUGGAUCGUUUGAGACAUAUGGAUCAAUCGAGCCUCCCCUUCUCGUGACGCUACUACUCCAUCCAUCCCAUUCCAGGUUCUCUCUUUUAUCCUGUUUUUCUUUGUUUCUUUUUUUUUCUCUCUCUCUCUCUCUUUUCUCCUCGGACAUUUUUUCUUUCUUGGUUUUUCUUUUUCUUUUCUUUCUUUUCUGGUUAUUCUUGUUACUUCCUGGGGAGAGAUGGAGGAGAGAGUGUCAAGCGAAACUUGCAGGAAGUUUGUCUAUAUAUGAUUUAUAGAGCAGGGAAGGAUUCCUUCUUGUGUUGUAUAUUGGAAAUAUAAAGAGGAAAACGCACCUCUUUGAGUU